AUGAUGACCACGGUGUGGUGGCAGCGGUCGUGCAUCAGAGUCACAGGCUCGGGAAGCAACUGUGUUAACGAAGAGUCGUGGCCAGCGAACACCGAAGCGGAGACGGAAGAGCGUGUGCAUUACAUGCUACGCACAGGUGGCCUGUACCACGAACGACCACGAACGACCACAAGCGAGAAGGGCGAAGGGUCACCUGAUCUCGUGCUGAGAACAUCUUCGGACAGGGAGUGGCUGACGACCCCUUGGAAAGAGGUCGAACCAGAGCAAUGGGACGCUUACGACCACGUCUGCAUUUUGGGCAUCGAGUCCUUCCAGAUCCAAGCUGUUCUUGAGCAGGGCCCGACCCUCCCCCGCGGAAAUCCGAUUCGGAGCAACGUCCUGUUUCCUUACAUGACCAACAGGACGCCCAAGCUCCACCAGCUCGUCUUCGUGACGGAGUACUUCUCCGUCCUGUUUGCCGACUCUGGCAAGACCCAAGAGAACCUGCGCAGGUCCUCAUCCUCUAUCACGGAAGUUGACCCAGGCGUUGCCCCCGUCGGCAAGCGACCGCCGUUCCUGCUCUGCGACGACCCGGGGCUCGGAAAGUCGACUAUGGCGAUGAUGGUGAUGGCGUACCGUCGCUGGAUCCUGCAAGCCCACGAGGAAGGUAUUCCUAUCCCUCUCAAUUCCGAGGCAGUCCUCUCCACCCUGCUCAACGUUGAUACCACCUCAUUCUCUGCCGAAUACAACACGUCACAGCUUGUGGAGCGCAAGCCUAUACUCUUCGUCACGCCCAAUGCCACAAAAGACCAGAUCGGCCAGGAGAUUGACAUCGUGCUUGAGCACGACUCGUUCCAUCUGCACCCCUAUAACGAGUUUCGCAAGCCCUUCGGGCGCAGCUCCUUUCAUCGGCAAGUCGACGCCUUCCAGAACGGCAAGUCGAAUAUGAACCUGGAGGAGUCCGAUUCCGACAGUGAGGAGAACACCGACGAGAACGCCGAUCACCAGAACGCCACCACGAAGUUCUACAAGAAAUUCCUGUUCGAGACUGAGUGGGGAUUCCUAGUGCUGGACGAGGUCCAGGAAGCGCGUGAGCCGAACACGAAGCGCUUUUAUCAAGCCAAGCGUCUCCCGCCCAUGGCGGAUCAUACCCUUGCCAUGACUGCGACACCGCUGUGGAACAAGCCUGUGGACCUCCUGAACAUCCUGCGAGUCAGCGGCAUGGAUACGAGCAAGUCAUUCCCUGGAUGGAAAGAAGUACCGCCUCCCGUGAAGCAGUUCAACGGCAACAUUGAAAGGGAUUACGAGGACCGCAAUCGAAGCUACCGACGAUUGGCCCACUUUUGCUUGGUUCUCGACGGGGAGCGUCGGGCGAUCCAGCAGGCGUUGAAGACUUUGCCGUCCACGCACAACGAUGCCACGGAAAACCCGCUGGAAGAUUGGAAUGUGCUCUUCCCCACUGAGUGCCCCGAAAUGGCCAAGCCGCUGAAGAAGAAGUGGGACGAGUAUACCCAGUGGAACACUUGGGCUACUGUCGUUGUGCUGGAUAUGGCCCGAGGUCGCGCUAUCCGACGCACGAGGGAAGCCCACCUUGACUUGUGGCCGCAUGCCGAGACGCAAGUGUCCCUGGAACUGUAUCCCGAGCUUCGGAUCGCGUACGACAAGAUCUGCGAGGAGCAGAAAGCCGCAGGUCGUGUAGACGAAGAGGGCGAUGACGAUAAGAACGACGAAGAAUGGCUUCCCCAAGCUCUCGAGGAGAUCUCGCUAGGGUCGAGUUUGCCUGGUGGGUUCGACAUCAAGAAGCGAGUGCUACUGGUCAGUCCUCCCAGGAUCAAUUCGAGCUACAAGGAGCUCUUGUCACCCAAGGUAGAGAAGGCCAUCAAGAUCUGCAAGGGGGUUCUCGACCGCGAGAAGAAUCUGAAGGAUAAGCAGAAGCAGAAGAUCGCCAUCUAUUGUGAAUGGACGGACCCCGAGGUGGUUGAUUAUAUCGCCCGACGUUUUAAAGACGCCGGUAUUCCUCUGGCGUCACUCAAUGGCCGCAUGGGUGAGGAUAGCAAGGCUCGUGUUAUCAUCGAUUUUCAGAAGGACAAGGACCACAAGGCGAUUUGCAAGUCCAAGUCUCGGAUCUUGUUGUUCUCGCAAUGUAUCAGCGCCGGCGUCAACCUCCACCGUGCGAGCGUCCUGAUCACGUUGGACAACGCCUGGACUUUCGCGAAACGGGAACAGAUCGAGGGCCGUAUCCUGAGGAUGGGACAAGUCCGCCGAGUUUCGAUCUACCGGCUCCUCUGCCCGAACACGAUCGACGAGGGUAUGCUGUUCGCACAAAUGCGUAAAAGUCGGCUCACGAUCGAGAUGGAGAAGGAGUGGUGCAAGCGGGCGACCCCGUUCGGCCCGGAGGUGAAGGGUAUGCUUGAGAAGCCCGCAUGCGCCCCGCCUGGCGCAAGGCAGCCGUCGUUCGCACGCAAGCGCAAAGGCGUUGAUGCUCUUCCAGACGCAAGGGCGAAGAAGACGAGGAAAGUCACAGGUGGCCGAAAGGUGCGAGGUGGAUAG